AUGGAUCUCCUGCUGUCCAAGGUUACGCAGCAGGCGAUGAACUAUGCCAUCAGAUCUGGCAUAGUCAUCACCAGCAGCUAUGCUAUGAAGCAAUGCUCCCGCCUCAUCAAGUCAGUGGACAGCAGCACCGAGAAACAGGAGCUGGCAGAUCUGCAAAUGCGGCUGGAGGGAAAAAUUAGGAUCAUCUCCCCAGCUAUUGACAUGAUAGAACUUAUCUCGGCCCGCGGCAACACCUCACUCGAGUCCGCUGUCACUCUCACCAAGGCUCUUCGCUGGGACAUCCAAUCUCUCGGCGUCCGCCUAGCAAAAGCAGCCGGCGAAGAAGAGCUGCACCGGAGAGGUAGCUCCCGUGCCAAGCCGAAGGCCGACAACGAGCUCGAGGUGAAGCUCAUCAUUUCCGAUAUCAAGAAACUGCUUGCUCGUAUCGAGGAUGCAGUACCUCUGAUAAAUCUGGCCAUCACUACUUCCGGCGCCAACUUGUCCAGUUCCCUACCUUCUACCGUGUCUCCUUCCAGGCUACUCCAAGCCAGCACAUUCCUGACCGCCGGAGACACCCAGUAUUCAAUGAACCCCACUGGUGCCCAACAAAUUGGUCCUGCUUUCACUCUUUCCAUGUACAUGCUUUUUGCUGGCCAUAUACGUCCCCACGACGAAGCAGGUAUCAGGGAAACCACAUGGAAGGAGGUCAUCCACAAGGCCCGCGUGAAGCUCAUGAGGGUCCCCCUCGACAACCUUCAGGACUUCACAUCUUUGAACAGUGCACACACACAUGGGAACAUCCCAGCCACCGAAGGUAGUGCCUAUGAAUUCGCCUAUCAACUCCUCAUCAUUGAGGAUCUGGACGAUGACCGCGUCCACACCUUCGACGAGGGCGAGCUGCAACCGGGGCCAUUUGAAGACGUUGCCAGAGCCGGCAUCCGCGAGAUCAUCCCCAUCCAUCAAGUUUCGAAGAUUUUCUACGCAGAUACUGGGAAGAUCCUCAAUAUCGGUACCGACGGCGAGACAAACAAUCCAAUCUUACUUCUGAAGCGCGACAUCAACGCAAUACCGCCGCGCCGCAUGAUGGAGCGACAGGCCGCCGAGCAAUGGUAUGAUGAUUACGAAGAAGAGAUACCAGAAGGCGGACAUGAAGAGGAAGCAGCACAUGGCACUCCCAACGAGGACGACCAGUCCGAGAUUGACGCGCAGCUCUUCCGCGAGUCCUCCAGCUCUCGAGCCCCGGAGCCAGAGCCGCAGCCCGAGCACAAUCACUACGACGAGACGCCGCAGCCGUGGCAGCUUCCCCCUAACCUCGACCCGGAGUGGGUCGCCUUCGAAGUCUACGUGGAGGAGCCCGACUCCGACGACGACGAAGACGACACUACCGAAGCGACGCAAAGCUCCUUACGACAACAUCCCUCAUCACCCCCCCCUCCUAGCGCCGCCGCCGCCAAUCCCUCCUCCCGCUCCACCUCCCUCGACCCCCGCCUCACCACCGGCCUCACCAACCUCAACCUCCGCACACCCUCACCCGCCCCCGACCACUCCUCCCCACCAGCAGCCCCCAACACGGCUCUCCAAACGCGCCCAACCUACACCUCCCCGGCCCCCACCUUCUCCCCACCCCACCCAUCAUCCUCCCUCCCCCCCAUCCGCACAUCCCUCUCCCUCCUCGAAAUGCUCAUCCGCCUCACCGCCCUCCAACAAUUCCAACAAUCCUCCCACCUCUCCAUCCCGGACGAACUCCUCACCUUCUUCCUCUCCGAAUCCGCCUCCACCGUCGGCGCCGGCUCCGACGCCGACCUCCGCCGCCGCGUGCGCCGCGACGCCGUGCGCAGAGUCGGCUUCGAUCCGUACGACGAAAGCCCGAUUAAGCGGCGCGGCGAGGAGUAUCUCGAACGAGAAAUGCACGGCGGCAGCCAAUACGGCGGCGACGGCGAGGGCAGCCAGUAUGCGCCGCAGGAGGGGGCAGAGUACGAAGACGGAUACUAUGACUACGACGGCGGCCACGCCGCUUCGGAGCAGGGACACCAACAACAACAACAACAACAACAACAACAACAACAACAACAACGGCGGUAUCCCCGCGACGAGUACUGCGCCUCUCCCUCCUCCUCUUUCCCCUCCUCAUCCUCGUCGCCGACGGCCGGCAGGAUCAACAACGUCAACAUCAACAAGCUUGCCUACGCAAGCAACAGCAGCCCUCUCCGCGACCGCGACCGCGACCGCGACCGCGACAACAGGGAUCGUCACCACCACCACUUCGCCGGUCCCGGCUCGUCGUCGCCGCUGGUGCCGCACCAUCGCGACGUGCCCCUCCCCAGCCGCGAGACGAGCGCGCAGCCCAGCCCGUUGUUGCGGAAGGCGACGGAUCGGGGUGGUGGUGGGAGUGGUGGUGGUGCGAGCGGUUGGAGCGGGAGGUUGAGCGUUGGGGAGAGGAGGAGGAACAACAAUCGGCAGACGCCGCAGACGCCGCAGCAGCGGGAGGAGAGAUGA